GCUUGCGAAAAACAAGUUCGUCGCAAAAGGUUAAUUACCUACGCACCACGAAGGAAAACGCGUAUCACGUCAGUCCUUACGGUCAAUAUACAAAUACUUGGGCCGUCCAGUGGAGGCAACGUGCCCGUCGCACGGUGAUACUGACUGGUGACUUGCACGUACGUCUCUCGCCGGCGUCCAAACCAAAUUGACCCGGGGCAGCCUACUCCCUGUCGUCCCUUAGGCUAAGUGCGAGCAACAUCUCUACACAGAGACGACGCCAGAGACGCAAAAUGAACAGCGGAACCUGCGUCGCUGUCUGUCCUGCGAACUGAUGACAGAAAGGGUCAUUAAACGAUUUCUUUUGCAAUUCGCGUCGUUAUCGCACGUUGUUUCUCGUCCCACGAAUAGUUGUUUUGAUUAGAUAUUGCUUCUUCUCCACAUAUCGCCUCACAAUGUUCGCCGUAAAACAUUGUUUGCUGGUUGUUGCCGUUGGCGCCCUGGUCAACGUCUCGGUGAGGGCUGCCGAGUUUUCCGGAGUUGUUAACCAGGGACCAGUCGACGUGCCUUUCAGCGGUAAACCUCUUGAUGAGAGAGCAGUUGGAGGAAAAGGUGAACAUACACCACCACUCCCAGACGAGAGGCAACAAGAGCCAGAAGAACCGGUUUCCCAACGUGCAUCCAGAGUGGCAGAACAACUGUUUCGCAAGUUCUUGAAGUUCGCUGAAAACGUCGGACAGCACAGUGAGAAGGCCUUCAAAAAAGCAAAGGUGGUGGCAGAAAAAGGCUUCACCGCGGCAAAAACGCACACGGUUAGGGGUUUCAAGGUGGCCAAAGAAGCAGCUGGAAGGGGCAUGGUGACCGUUGGCAAGAAACUCGCGAAUGUGGAGAGUGACAGAAGCACUACGACAACGCAGGCCCCCGACAGCCCUAAUGGCCUGGCAGAAACCCAGGCUCCAGUGGAGCCCCAACAGCGGGCCGCACACGUGCCCGUCCCAGACUUUUCGCAGUAAUGUUGACUACGACGAAAGUGAUGCGCAGGCUGGAAAGCCGCUGAAGGGAGAAGUCUACAAAGCCGAUCAGUGAAAAAUGUGUGGGGAGGUGGUCUUGUUGCAGGAAUGCAAUGGUGUUAAGCAUCGUGUUCGAAUGCAGUGCGUGUAUCAGUUGUGCGCGGAAGGACACUGCUUCAAUGUUAAGAACCUGUUUUCUCCGUAGAGAGGACCAAAAGACGAUUGCAAAACUGGUAUGUACGCAAUAGCCCAAUGCCGGACGUCAGUUGGUUGUAUGUGACGCUCCCAGAUGUCAUAUGCCUUGUGAGUGUGUCUGGGAUGCAAGUUUUUGGUGUGCGUUGAUUUCGCCAGCUUAUGACAGUGGCAGACGAAUUAUUGACAUGAUACAAGGACGCAGAAAGAAACAAACACCGAUGUUCCAGUCGACCGUUGCAGAGAACGCAACGUAACACAGGAGGAAAUCGGACUCGAGGGACCACUGGUCGCAGCAUCUGGCAGCAGAAAGUCUCGACUGACCGGCUAUUCUUACACAGUAAUGGAAAGGGACACUUAAAGCAACGAAACAAAGUUUCAAGCAGCAAAGUUGUACAGGAAGUGCUUCUGGAGAUUCUACUUCUCUGGAAUGCAUUCAUGCUGCAGGAGACAGGAAAUGUAGACGAACGCUGCAUUAUGCUACGCUAUGUUUUUACCGCACAGCGGCUUCCGCGUUAAUGGGUUCAGAUGGUUGUGUUGAAAGUGGCGACAAGGAAGAUGGGACGGCAGAUAUUGAGGAACUGCAACGGGAUAGCAGUGAGAAAUUGACUGAAUGCACCCUUUGAAGGAUAUUUGCUGUCCACCCCAUUAGAGGUAGCACGGGGAUAGAGAUACACGUGGUGGCACCUUGGAGAAAUCACGAGGGCGUUCCAGCUUUUCUGCAUUAUCCUGGGGGAAGGAUCGGGCAGAAAGGUACACGAUUCAGUUGUUUCUGGGUGUGCACGAAGAUACGUCUUUCUAGCAACAUGUUUCCUCUGUUCUGUAAUUUCACGUGAUGAAGCACGUGUCGAAAGAUUGAGAGGGAAGAGCGUGGGCCUUUGUUCGGGUGACAGUCGGUGAACAGGGUGGGGACAAACGGAGACGGUAGUGGAGUCCCAUUGGAAUUAAAUGAUCGGCACCGAAAACGGGGCCCGUGACUCCCUGG